AUGGUCCCCGGACCACCCGACGGAACUCAGCGCAUCACGCGCCAAGACGUAUUCUUCCGGGAGUCGGCCGCCUUGGCCACGAUAUCCAACAGCUUCGUCAAUGGGGCUAUCAGCUCCGUGUACUGCGUGAUAUCCAAUUUGUGGCACGCAAGAACUGCUGGAGAUCCGCUGCCGUCUGCGGCGUCCCCAAAUCACACAAGCCCGGAUCCGUUCCGGGGCUUGUGCCACGCCGUCCGCCGAAAUCUCUUUCCUACACCAUACAGUCCGGGUGGUGUAAAAAACACACUUCCCGGGGUGCAACUUCAGUCCGUACGCUUGGCAGAUCUCAAGUACUUUACGCAGCAGGGCAAAGAUCACCGACGGAGCACACAAGGGGAUGUUCGGGGUGUUCGGGGAGGACAGGCAACUCAGGAAACCCGGGGAAAGCCGGGGCUGGGAGACGUGGGGACCCGGGGUAGCCGGGGGUCGCGGGGAAGUCGGGGCGAGUUCGUCGAGGGUGACUUCGAGGAUAUGCAAGGAACAGGGGAUGCACACUUGGUACACUUGAUCGAGGUUCAGCAACGGAGGUCGUCUGCGUUGCAACUUCGCACGGAUCUGUGGCCCGAGAUCUGUACCGAAGACUUGGCUGAAGCCGAAAUCGACAGCACUUCUCAAUUUGCCACUGCAACCAUGGACAACACGACCACCCUUGAGUACGAUGACGAUGUCGUGACUGAGUUGAGCUCCAUGUACUCCAGUUCUUCCCCUGUGUACUCCCCCGUUUCUUCCGUUGACGAUCUCAGCGGCUGUAUAGAGUUCUCACCCGGUUCACCCGAACUCAUGCGCAAAUCAGGCGCGAUGCAACUGCAACCAACACUCGAGGAAAUCGAAGGCGAGCUCGAGGACAUUUUCGACAACUUUUCAAAGAUGCUUGAGGGCCGUGCGCUCAACGUCUCAGACGGGUUUUUGCGUCACUACGAAACGUGUUGCGUACGCCUGUUCAACACGGCACACCUGCUGAUCGCUCGACGAAACCAGUGA